CACUACUUUCCUUCCCUGCGUGUGUGACGUAACUCUAUAAAAGAGUGCGCGGUGAAGACGCCGCCGCUAUAUCGUUUCCGCUCGCCACGCUCGGCCAUAGCGUCCCAAACACCGGCAACAGAAGGACGCGGGCGGAACCUCUUCCGCUAGAGCCCACACGGACUCAACAGUGACAGUUCAACAAAAGAUACGAGAUGAGGUCGUUGUUCUUGUUAGCGGCUUUGUGCUGCCUAGUGUUGUCGGUAUGCGGUAGCCCUAUCGCCCGACCGGAGGAAGACAAGGAAGUGGGUAGGCAAGCUGCGGCUGCAGCGCCCGCAGCACCCGCGGCGGCUGCUGAUGACGACGACGACGAUGACGACGACGACGACGAUGAUGAAGAUGUUGACAUUGAUGAUGCAUUAACUGGUGACGACGAUGACGACGACGAUGAUGAUGAUGACGACGAUGAUGAUGAGGAAGCCGAUGAUGACGACGAUGAUGACUACCUCGAGAGGUUCUUCGAUGACAUCUUAGGAGGAGAAGAAGACGAUGAUGAUGAUGAGCCCGCGGCAGUCCAACCCGUGGUAGCGCCCGCUGACACCGUUGCUGCUGCGCCUGCUGCACCUGUCGCUGCUGCGUCCUCUGAGGAUGUCGCCGCCGUCGCUGAAGAAGCUGCUGAGGGAGAAGCAGAAGCUGUUGAAGGCGAAGAAGGAGCAAUUGUAGCACAAAAAGAGCCCGCAAGUGCUGAGGUCGAAGCUCCUGCUGAAGCCGCUGAAGCCGUUGCUGAAGCUGAGAACGAAAAUGAGGAGGACGAUGAUGACGAUGAUGAUAUUGGCAUUGAUGCCGUCGGAGAUGACGACGACGACGACGAUGAAGAUGAUGACGAGGCCGAGGAUGACGACGAUGACGACGACGACGACAUCACCGACGCGCUCGGCAGGAACAUCUCCGCUAAGAACGCACGCGCUCUCAGUGAUGAGACCACAAAGAAGCCGACAACCGUCCCCGCUAUCUACAUCGUCAAGUACAACAGAUUCGUAGACAACAUCUUGGAGAAAAUGAACGACAUUUUGAGGACGUCGUACGACCCCGUCAGUGUUAAGCUGCAGCCAAUCGACGCCAAUAAGAAGACUUCCAAGCCAAAGAAGGGUAACAAGACCAAACCAAAAAGGAAAAGCUCAAAUAAGAAGAAGAAUACAGCACGCGGCAGCGAAGCAAAUAAAACCAAAGAGAAAACAGUAUCUGAGAUCCCGGAGACAGUUAAGGAAGAGAUUACUCAAGUUAAUGAUGUGAAGCCUAACGAAGUGGUUGGAGAACAAACUCCUGUUGCUGAAUCUAGAGCAAUGAAAGAAAAGACUUCAGAGAAAGCAAAGGCUACACCGACUAGGAAACCUGCAGCUAAACCACCAGUUAAGGCCCCUACCAAGGCAACGAAACCAAAACCGAAGCCAACGAAGACCACAACAAAGAAACCAGCAACCAACAAAACCAAGAACAAGACUAAGACUUCAGAGAAGAGCAAGCCGAGGGCUAAGGGAACGCUGUAUGGUUUAUCAUCUCUGAGGAGGACUGGAGACGUAUCUGUAAGCAUCAUGGCCGAUCACACGACUGUCAAGAGCAACUUUGCUGUCGGACCACUCAUACUCAGAGUGGAGAAAGAGGUUGGUCGUGGAGCAAAGAAAGACAUCAGAUCAGCAACAGCAACUACAGCUGAGAUGCUGGGAAAACUGACUCUGAGAGUAAACAACCAAGGUGUCGCCACACUCCAUACAAUCAAGGUUCUGCAGCCUAAACAGUUAUUUUCUCAGCUCCGCAAAAAUUAG